AUGGAUGAAAUUGAGAGUAAUUAUGAAAUAAUUAAAGAAGCAAUCCUUGUUACUUAUGACCAAGCUUAUCAGGAAACGGAACAAUUUGUCAAAACUAUCUCAAAGAGUGAUUUUAUUUAUCAAUUGCGACAAUUGAUAGAUGGUGGUAAUGAUAUACGACACGAAAUUAUGAUUGCUUUAAGACCAAUUUCGGAUUUAAUUGAUCAAUUAUACAAAGAGUUGGAUAAUUUGCAACAAAAUGCUGCAAUGAUUAUUGAACGUUUAGAAGAAACGCUGAAACUAAAAGAUCUACGAAGAGCACUGCAAGAAUACAGGGAGAAUUUCGAACGAACUGAUAUUAUACAAACCUUACUUUAUGAAAUACGGAAAUUAACUCAUCAAUAUCAAUUACCGGAAUUAGAAAGAGCUAUAGUUGAAAUUGAAAUGAAUCGCAAACGUUAUGAAGAUGAAGCAAUUAAAGCCUAUAAUAAAAUUAGAAACUUCUUCCUCGAUAAGAUGAUUGUAUCAGUGCUUAGCAAAGUGACAAAUGCCAUUUUUGAUUCUUUGGAUGAUAUACAAAUUCGACAAAAUUGGCAAGGAAUUGUUGAUUAUUUUAGAGGAAAAAUAACAGCUAACGAAAUAGCUAAACGCUUUUGGCGACAAUAUUUACCAAUAUAUAAGCGUUUAUCACCUGGUGAAUAUGAAAUGCAAGUAACCGUGCCAUACGGUGCUUCUUCAUUAGCUGAAAUUUUAAGUAUCCUUCAUCCGCAACAUUUUUUGGCUCUUAAAUCAGCAAUGAUUGAAUCAUUGGGAUUAUCACUUAAAGAUCAGGAAUUUGCACAGUCUUUAACGGAUACAAUUUAUACCUAUAAAUCAAUGAAAUUUGAUUCCUGGAAAUUGAUACCGCGAUAUAAAAGUAUUGCUUACAUAAUCAAUGGUAAUCGUUUCGUAUCAUUUGAUGGGAAAGUAUUCGCAUUUCAUGCUCGUUGCGAAUAUCUUCUUGCGUCAGAUUUACGUACCCAACGUUUCGCAUUACUUGCGAUAUUUUCAUCACAAGGAUAUUUGCAAACUAUUAAAGUUGAAUUACGUGGAGAAGAAAUACUUUUGCACAAAACUGGCAAUGUACAAGUAAAUGGUGCUUCAAUAUCAAUGCCAUGGCAAAAGAUAGACAGUAUUGAUGGAGCUAUUUUAAUUUCAAUUUCUCGAAAGGAUCAAUGGACAAUAUUAAAAACAUAUGAUGGUUUAUGUGUACGAUGUAAUAGCCAUUAUGAUAUUUGUGAAAUUAUUUUAUCAGAACGAAUGCAUGGACGUAGUAAUGGUCUUCUAGGUGUAAAUGAUAAUGAACCAUCAAAUGAUCAUGAUUUAAUUGAUGGUACAUUUAAUGAUCAGCUAAAUGUAUUAGCUGAGCAUUGGGCAAUAAAUGAUGGAUGUCAUGUAAAUCAAGCUCGUGAUUUGAUGUAUCGUGAUGAUGAUCAUUGUCAGGAAUAUUUUCAAAGUUCUGAUAGUCCAUUACGACUCUGCUUUAGUCAAAUACGUUCAAAACCAUUUGAACAAAUUUGUUCUAAUGGCGGAAAACAACAACAUUGUACGGCUACUGCAGCAUAUCUUCAAAUAUGUUCAAAUGCAGGAAUCAUUACGACAUUACCGCAUGAAUGUGUGAAAUGUGAUGGUGAUAUACAUUUGGAUGAUGAAAGAAAGAUUGAAAAAUCUGUCAUCGAGCAUGAUGUCGUAUUUGUUGUUGAAGAAAGGAAAUGUAUGGAUCAUCAUAAGGAUAAAAUAGCACGAAUAGCACAACAAAUUAGCCGAGAACAACGAUCAGUACUUUUUGGUUGGGUUGGUUUCGGCGGUGAAGGAGUACAUCAUGAACCACUUGUACAUUAUGAACAGGAUCAAGCAUUACUGGAUAUUUCAACAUUCACGAAACAAACACAACAAACUUUUGAACCAGUUUCCGGAAUUGAACUACCACAUAGUUGUCCUAAAAAAGCGGUGGAAUUUACAGUGAAACAUUUUCCGUUCAGUUAA